CGGGAAUAGCAGCGUCGUGGUCAGCGUCGGCCGUCAUGUAACCUAGCGCGAUACCAUGGCGGACCGUCCCCGUAGACCCAAGUACACCAAGACCAGUAGUAACAGUAGUACUAGUGUAGACCCAAAGCUGGAGGACAUGGGUAAACCACGGCCCGACGUCAGUCCGGGAGGCUCUAAAGAGACACCGGAGAAGAAGAGAAGUCGGCCGAAGAGGGAAAGAUGGCUCCUCACCCGCAAAACCUGGAGAUACAUGGCGGACGCUGGGAGAAGACUCAUCCCGGAGGGACUCCAGAACAGGCCCGAGGAUGUUCCAAGGAUCGAGGCUUACUUCCAGGAAGUGUGCCACAAGGAACCGAGGUUUUUGCUGUGGAGGAAGCAGUCUUACCCGGGAGCUCUGGGGAUCCGCCAUCGCGGAAGAUCGAGAGGAGGCAGAAAAAAGAUCGGUGGUAGUUGUCGUGACAAAACUAGUUCUGCCGAUGAGGCUGAGGAUAUCAAGAAAGGUGCCACUGCGAGGUUGACUCCUCAACAAGCACGUAAGUUAGGCAGUAAACUCGAUCUAAAAAAAUUGAAAGAAGAUUUCCUCCUUGGAAUUUCCAAUACCUCGCAGCCUCAAAGUACAGUAUCGUCUCCCGAGGAAGAGAGCAACUUACUUUUAGAAACGCUUGAAAUGUACCUGAAUGAAAAACCUUCCGAUUCAAAGAGUCCUAGUACCUCGAGAUCUUCGUUUAACCACGAAGAGCUACUAGAAAAACUUCGAGAACAUUUGGACAGCAUCGAGAGAUUGGCUGCGGAGGAGCGAGCUCGAACUCCCAGGCCGACGAGCGUCCACUUCGAAGGUGAUAACACGCAGAAAAUGCUUUUAGAAACUUUAAGGAGAUACUUCGGAAAAUCAACUAACAGGGAAAAGGUUAUCAGUGAUAUUUUAACAGAUAGGAAAUCACUCGAGGGGUUGUAUUUCGAUUUGAGAAAAGCGCGAGGGUUCAAAAGUGGCCGUAGCAGUGGUGAAAGUGUUGGUGCGGGUUAUAGUGCGACAGCAGUUAGACGACAGUGGAAACCCAGAGGGGGUGAGAGGUCCUUCCUGUACCAGGACUUGCGAGAGGAGGACGCCGACGAAGAGGUUGGAUCCUCAGACUCGAGACAAGAAGUGACGAGUGAAACGUCACCUCCUCCACUGAUACAGAUUAAACCUGACAUUGAACCUCCGGUAAAGACGUUCGCGACGCAAACAGAAGCCAUACCUGCCAGUGUCUUAGUGGCUAUACAAGACGAGUUAAAAAGGUUAAAACUAGCUAAAGAAGCCGAACAGAAAGUGGAAGAGGAUAAACCAAAGCCAAAACCAUACACGAGGAGAAGUAGUGUGACGGAUAACGACGACGUUUCACCUUCAGUAGGAGACACAAUAAAGCGAUAUCUCCGGAUGGCGAGGAAGAAAAGUGUGGACUCGGACAAAGCAGACAGGUUCAAAAGAGUGAAUUACGAUCAAAACAUUAGAAACAUAAGACCCAAGGGUGAAAUAACGCAGAUUGGAGACGACGACGGUCUCGACAAAGGAAGUCAAACGGAAGAGUCUUGGGUGGUGGCGUUAAAGGAGUUAAAGCUGGAAGACAAAUUGUACGAAACGACCAGCCCGACCGAAGAGCAUUUCAGCUCCAGGAUCACUAGCUCCAGAAGCAGCGUGGACACCGGAGUGGAAGACCUCUCCUCUCCUCCUCAAACUCCAAUUCCACCCACAAAAUCGCCCUCGGGAAUUUUACAAACGGGUCAAACGUUCUUGUCGAACCUGUUGCACCAAAAAUCUCGUAACAACUCCUCUGUGUCCGCAGUGCCUGGUGCCAUGCAGAAGUCCAAGUCCACCUCCAGCGUGGUCGUCAAGAAGAUCUGGAAGUCGAGGUCCAAGAGUCAGACGAGGGUGACAUCUCCAACCUCUGCCUGGACUCCGCAGGGUAACUGUCAGUGGACCAAUGGCGUUGGACGGACUGUCACAUUGUCGGACACGACGUUGUUGCAAUUGUCUAGUUUGUAUUGGUUGUCGUGUGUGUUCCAGGGUAACUGUCAGUGGACCAAUGGCGUUGGACGGACUGUCACAUUGUCGAACACGACGUUGUUGCAAUUGUCUAGUUUGUAUUGGUUGUCGUGUGUGUUCCAGGGUAACUGUCAGUGGACCAAUGGCAUUGGACGGACUGUCACAUUGUCGGACACGACGUUGUUGCAAUUGUCUAGUUUGUAUUGGUUGUCGUGUGUGUUCCAGGGUAACUGUCAGUGGACCAAUGGCGUUGGACGGACUGUCACAUUGUCGGACACGACGUUGUUGCAAUUGUCUAGUUUGUAUUGGUUGUCGUGUGUGUUCCAGGGUAACUGUCAGUGGACCAAUGGCAUUGGACGGACUGUCACAUUGUCGGACACGACGUUGUUGCAAUUGUCUAGUUUGUAUUGGUUGUCGUGUGUGUUCCAGGGUAACUGUCAGUGGACCAAUGGCAUUGGACGGACUGUCACAUUGUCGGACACGACGUUGUUGCAAUUGUCCGACAUUGAGAGGAGAGUCCUUCAAAAAGUCGCCCUCGCUAAACUGCAAGCUCUCAACUUGGGGGUCGCUGUUAGGAUACCGUCUGAUAAUGUGUCGGCGAGCACGGUGCAAAAGCCUAAGCGAAGAGCGUACCUGCUCAAGCGUAAGGCCAUCACCACUGGCCUCUUCGACACCAAGUCUGGCAAAGAAGACAAGGAAAAGGUGGAGGGUGGUGGCCUUGUCUUCGGCAUUCCCCUGGGCCAGUGUGUGGAGAACGAGCGUCUCGCCAGGUCCAAGGGUGAUUCUCUGCUAGGAGAUGACUCGGAUUUGAGGCGGAAGUCCCACCACGGAAGUCGCUCAAGCUUCAGCAGCCUGAUAGAGCAUGGCGCAAAGGAUGAGAAAGGUUCCUCUGAGAGUCUGAUGUCCCCGACGCUGAGUAUGCCUGGACUGUUGGACUCCCUGUCAGUAGGCUCGGCCCUGGACCUCAGUCUAGAGCAGGGCGGAGUACCAAACAUCGUCAGUUCCUGUCUCAGGCACCUGGAGAACCACGGGCUCCACACCCUCGGCAUCUUCAGAGUCAGCAGUUCCAAGAAGAGAGUACGGCAGCUGAGAGAAGACUUUGACUGUGGGAAGGAGAUGACGAUGGAAGCAGACUUAUGUCCUCAUGAUGUCGCAACAUUGCUCAAAGAGUACUUCAGAGAUCUUCCAGACUCCCUACUGUGCAAAGAUCUCUACCAGGCCUUCAUUCAGACACAGAGGAUACGGAACAGGCGGUUACAGCAAGAAGCAUUGCAACAUCUGGUCCAACUAUUGCCUGUGCCCAACCGAGACACUCUGUACGCCUUGCUCUGUCUACUGGCUGAAGUGGCCCACAAUUCGGAGGAUCACAAAGACAACUCAGGAGAAUGGGUGGUGGGCAACAAGAUGGACAGCAACAACUUGGCGACACUGUUUGCUCCCAACAUCCUGCAUCCUUGCAAACCUUCUGGGAAGGAUGAGUUGAGUGCGGAGCGCACAGAGGAGCGCAGCGACGCUAUCAAUGUCAUCCGAGCGCUCAUCGACAACUAUCGAGAUCUCUACCUGGUUUCAGCAGAUUUGCUUCACGAGAUUUACGUCCACAUGAUGGACUCUCAUCCUGAAUUCUUAGACCAAAUAAUGCAAAAAAAGGAUUUAGCUACUGAAGAGACUGAGGAUCUAGACAACAGCACGGUGUCGGACGAGAGGUUCCAGAUCUCUCAGGAGUCACUGAUGGAGCGCAAAGUCUGGUCACGAGAGGCGUUCACCCACGAGACUGCGGGGAUGGGUGGACCUGACCUGGAGAUGAAACCUAGUAAAAAAGAAAAGGAAAGAACUCGAGAACGUGUGACCAAAAAGCGUUGGAGAGAAGAACAAACAAUGACAACAAGAAGAAGAAUAGACUCUGACCAAUCUACUCCCUCAAGGAGGACCUCUUCCACAAGUCAUCCUGAUGAAUCUCUCUACAUUGAGGAUCCUAUGGUGGUUAGGGGUAAGGGGGGAGAGAGAGGGGUGAUCACAGCUACACUUAAGAUACCUGUGCCUGCCUCUACAUCCCUCACACUGGGUCUGGACGACUCGGACAUCCCAUACAUCGAAGACCAGGAUAGGCAUCAUGUUACAGUAAGAUCGUCUGAUUCUUCACAAGCGUCCACGUACAUCCACCACGUCGCUAUUGCCACUGAUUCAGCCGUCGGUUCGUCAGUAAGUCCUCCUCGUAACUCUGUCAGCAGUUACAGCAGUGGAGGAGUGUUUAGUUCCCCUCCCUCUUGGGCUUCCUCCCCACCCACCUCCCCCGAUUCCACUGUUUCCCCCUCCUCCUACCUGCCUGAAGACACCCCUGCCACCACUGCACGUAUUACCAUUCCUACAAAACGAACACCUGAUCCUCAGCAAAGGGUAACCAUCCAGAGGGUAACGAUCAAGACUGCCGGUGAAGUUCAACAGGUGAAGCAGACGUACAGCCGCCAAGAGUCAUCCAGCUCAUUGUCUCAGACGCAGACACAGGAGAGAGAACGACGUCGAAGCAAAGACUCACCUUACCAGCGGCUGGGAGUGGGGAGUGGCGAGAAACUGUCAAAGAGUGCGAGCUCUACCGCAGUGACGCAAGCGGUAGAGCGAACGAUCCCGAUAGUGCAGGAAGUGAACCGAGACAGGACAUCCACCCCGAGCAUUUCCAGUAUAGGGGGGGCGGUCAUGCGAUCAAAGACGGCCGACAUCGAGCGAAUGCUCAAAAUACAGACUACCAAACAAAGUAAAAAGAGUACGAGUGAGGAGGAUAAAAAGAUCAAACGGAAGUACACGGACAGUCGCCACUUGACGAGAUCUCUCCCUCAGGCUACGGAGACGGCCGAAACUGCGACAACGUCGACAACAACCACACUGUGGAAGCGGAGGGAGAUAAUUUCCAGUGAACCAAAAGAAAGGAAAGGGUUACCAAAUAAAAUGUAAAUACUGUGUAAAGACAGUGCCUUCGAUUAAGUCAUGUUUAUAUUAGAUGUUAUUUUCUUUAUUAAAUUAAACUAUAUUAUGC